UUUAAUUUGAUGUAAAUUCAUUCAUCACUAUAGGUGUUACAAUGCCACCAAAACAAUUGUCUGGUGCUGCGAAAAAAAGGAAGAGAAAGCAAGAUGAAAAGAUUAGGGAAUCGCAAAGAGGCGAUUUGAAUAAGUAUUUUCCAGUUAAAAGUAAUGUUGAUGUCAACAACAAUAAUCUGAGGCCAAUAUCUGAUCCGGGACAAGCUGAUGAGGAUAAUACAGAUGGAGAUAUUGAGGUCCAUGAACAGUCCUUAAAUAAUAAUGAUGAUGAUAAUGUUAAUGCGGACAAUAUGGAGGAAGAAAAUUUGCAGCCUUCAUCUAAUCCUAAUGGUGAUGAUCAAGAUGAUUCUCUUUUAUCUAUGUAUGAUCCAAGAACAUGGGAUAAUCUUGACAACUCCAAACGGGAUAUAUUGAUUGAAAAGGGGCCUAUCAGAGAACCGAAUCUACAAUUCCGUAAGGAUGCCGAUGGUAGACAUUUUUCUUAUGCUUAUUACUCCAGAAAGUUAGCUAACAAUGAGUUUGUUGACCGAAAAUGGUUGGUUUACUCAAAAGAGGUGGACAAAGUUUAUUGUUUUUACUGCAAGUUGUUCAAAUCAAAUCAGACCAAGUACUCUUUGCUAGCAUUUGAUGGUUUGAGUGAUUGGAAGCGUCUUAGUCCGAGACUCAAAGAACAUGAGAGAAGCGUCGAGCAUUUUACAAACAUGAAUACAUGGAAUGAACUAAGGUCGAGAUUGAGCAAAAAUAAAACGAUUGAUGAUGAUAUGCAAUGA